AUGGCCUGGAUGGACAACCUGGUGGGCCUGGAUUUCAGCUGCAAUGGAGAGGACAGGUACCUCAAGUGUGACACGGACGAUGGCUGCGAGGCCAAGGAGGAGGCGGGGGGCGAGGAGCUCUUCGAUGCCGUGAACUCCUCCAUCGUCUCGGGGGACAGCAUCCGCUUCUUCGUCAACGUCAACCUGGAGGUGCCCCCCAAUGCCACUGCUGAAAACGAAAGUGCUGGCUGCGUGUUGCUGCACACAUCAAGGAAGUACCUGAAAUUAAAGAACUUUGAGGAGGAAGUCAGAGCUCACCGGGACCUGGAUGGGUUCCUGGCCAGAGCCAGUAUCAUCCUUGAUGAAACAGCCACCUCCUUGGAUGAUGUUCUGCGGGAGAUGCUGAAACACUUUGCUGAAGAUCCAGAGAACGCGGAGCCGAGCUGCAACUUUGAAAAAAUCAUGAGCACUUUAUUCACGGAUUCAGGGACCCCACGAGAAGGGAAUGGCACCCCUGAUGUUUCAGAGUCAACAGGAAUGAAUAUACAAACAUGUACAUCGCACCUCAAAUUUCACCUCUUAUCAGACACAAUUCAAGGGGUCACAGCAACAGUCACAGGGGUGCAGUAUCAGCAGUCCUGGCUCUGUAUCAUUUGCACUAUAAAGACCCUUCAGCGACGUCACGUUUGCAUCAGCCGCCUGGAGAGGCCUCAGAACUGGGGUGAAAACUCCUGUGAAGUGAGAUUUGUGAUCUUAGUCCUGGCUCCUCCUAAAAUGAAAAGCACCAAGACAGCCACAGAAGUGGGCAGGACCUUUGCCACAAUGUUUUCGGACAUAAACUUUCGGCAGAAGCUCCUUGAAACCAAAACAGAAGAGGAGUUCAAGGAAGCCUUAGUUCACCAACGCCACUUGUUGACAGUGGUGAACCAGAGACCCUCAACCGUGAGCGAUGAGCACAAGCCCAAUAGUCCUAAACCACUCCAGCUGCAGGAGUUUCUCCAUGUUGGCAAGGGGAUUUCUGAUGACAUUGCACGAAGAUUUCCAGUGUACGCUUUGGACUUCACUGAUGGUAUUAUUGGAAACAACAAAGCUAUAGGAAAAUACAUCACAACUAUGAUCUUUCUCUAUUUUGCCUGCCUCCUUCCCUCCAUUGCAUUUGGGUCACUCAAUGAUGAAAACACCCGAGGAGCUAUUGAUGUGAAGAAGACAAUCGUUGGGCAGUGUAUUGGAGGGCUGCUUUAUGCACUCUUUGCAGGGCAACCACUAGUUGUCCUCCUAACUACAGCUCCUUUAGCACUCUACAUCAAUGUCAUCCGAGGGAUCUGUGAUGACUACAACUUGGAUUUCAGUGCUUUCUAUGCCUGGAUUGGACUGUGGAACAGCUUUUUCCUGGUGAUAUACGCCCUCUUUAAUUUCAGUCUUCUGAUGAAGCUCUUUAAAAGGUCAACAGAAGAAAUAAUUGCACUUUUUAUAUCUGUCACGUUUGUGCUUGAUGCCAUCAAAGGCAUUACUAAAGUUUUUAAGAAAUAUUACUACCAUGGGUGCACAGGAGACAGUUACUUGGAAAAAGCACGAGCUAAUGCUCUUCCAAGCCUCGGCAUCAAUACCACCUUCUUGAUGAAUUCAUCAGUGAGCAGAUCCAUGUCCCUAGAGAAUCAAACAGGCACGAAUGAUGUGCAUUAUGGACAUGAAACUGCCGUCCUUAGUCUCAUGUUGAUGUUGGGUACCCUUUGGCUUGGCCAUACGCUCUAUCAGUUUAAGAAAAGCCCGUAUUUGCACGCGAGAGUACGAGAAAUUCUGUCCGACUGUGCCUUACCAAUCUCAGUUCUGACUUUCUCUGUUGUGGGUUCCUACGUCUUCAAGGAAAUCAAAAUGUCCAAAUUUAACUACAACCCAUCUGAGAGCUUGUUUGUGCUGGCCCCAGUGCAGUCCCUCUCCUUUGGGUCAGUGAUGAGUGCCAUGGGGCUGGGGUUCCUCCUCUCAAUGCUCUUCUUCAUAGAGCAGAACAUCACAGCAUCGCUCACCAAUGCCCCAGAGAACAGGUUGGUGAAGGGAACAGCUUAUCACUGGGACCUGCUGCUUGUGGCACUGAUCAACACGGGGCUGUCAGUCUUUGGCUUCCCAUGGAUCCAUGCUGCCUUCCCCCACUCCCCCAUGCAUGUCCGUGCCCUGGCCUACGUGGAGGAGAGGGUUGAAAAUGGACACAUCUAUGAAACGAUUGUGAGCGUGAAGGAGACACGACUGACAAGUCUAGUAGCAAACUUCUUCGUUGGCCUCUCGCUUCUCCUCCUCCCUUUCCCUCUCCAGUGGAUCCCAAAGCCGGUCCUCUAUGGUCUCUUCCUCUACAUCGCAUUUACCUCCAUUGAUGGGAACCAACUCUUUGAAAGGGUGGCUCUCCUGCUCAAAGAACAGACUGCUUAUCCUCCGACACAUUACAUCCGCAGAGUGCCCCAGAGGAAGAUCCACUACUUCACAGGCUUGCAGGUCCUGCAGCUCCUCAUCCUAUGUGGCUUUGGCAUGUCACCACUGCCCUACAUGAAGAUGAUCUUCCCACUCAUCAUGAUAGGGAUGAUCCCUAUCAGGUAUAACCUGCUCCCUAAGAUCAUUGAAGCCAAGUACUUGGAUGCUAUGGAUGCAGAGCAUUAA